GGGACCAAACACUUAGAAGACCAGAUAUAUGCUGAGAUAAGGGGACGAAUCAAGGAGGAUGACAUUUCUGCUCCAAUACGCAGGGGGCCUUACCACUACUAUGAAAGGACCUUGGAGGGAAAGGAAUACAUUCAGCAUUGCCGCUGCCUAGUAUCUGACAAUGGGGCUCCACCCUCUAUUUAUGAUGUUUUGCCAACUGGACCAGAUGCUCCUCCUGAGCAUGUUAUACUCGAUGAGAAUGUAAAGGCUCAAGGGCAUGCAUUUUAUAGCAUUGGUGCUUUUAAAGUUAGUCCAAAUAAUAAGUUGGUAGCAUAUGCAGAAGACACUAAAGGAGAUGAGAUCUACCAUGUUUACGUCAUUGAUGCUGAGACUGGAACGUGUUUGGGGAAGCCUCUAGUUGGUGUAACAUCAAAUAUUGAAUGGGCUGGUGAUGAUGCUUUACUUUAUGUUACAAUGGAUGCAACCCUUCGUCCAGAGAAGGUGUGGCUACAUAACUUGGGGAUGGAACAAUCAAACGACUUGUGCCUUUAUCAUGAAAAAGAUGACAUGUUCUCUAUCGGAGUUGAGGCUUCUGAGAGCAAGAAAUUUUUGUUCAUUGCAUCUGAAAGUAAAACUACAACUUUUGUCUUCUAUUUUGACAUUUCAAAGCCUGAAAACGGGCUUAUGCAAUUGACACCUCGGCUAGAUGGUAUUGACACUUCAGUUAGCCAUCGUGGAAAUCAUUUUUUCAUCAAGAGGAGAAGUGAUCAGUUUUUCAAUUCAGAAUUACUAGCAUGCCCACUGGACAAUAUAUCUGCAACCUCAGUUCUUCUCCCUCAUCGGGAAAGUGUAAAGAUUCAGGACAUACAACUUUUUGAUGAUCAUCUUGUCGUAUAUGAGCGUGAAAAGGGCCUUCCCAAAGUAACUAUAUAUGGCCUUCCACCCAUUGGAGAACCACUUGAAAGGCUUCAAGGUGGUCGGGCUGUUGACUUUAUUGAUCCUGUUUAUUCAGUGGAUCCAUCAGAAUCACAAUUUUCUUCCAGCAUUUUAAGAUUUUUUUAUAGCUCAUUGAGGACACCGCACUCCGUUUAUGAUUACGAUAUGAACACAGGGGUUUCGGUACUGAAGAAGAUUGAAACAGUCUUGGGAGGUUUUGAUGCCUUAAAUUAUGUAACUGAAAGGCAAUGGGCCACUGCUCCAGAUGGAACUCAAAUCCCUAUAUCAAUUGUUUAUCAAAGAAAUAUUGUGAAGCUUGAUGGGUCUGAUCUGUUACUACUUUAUGGUUAUGGUUCCUAUGAGUAUUGUCUGGAUCCUGGUUUCAAGGCAUCAAGACUGUCUUUGUUGGACCGGGGUUUUAUUUAUGCAAUUGCUCACAUUCGUGGGGGUGGUGAAAUGGGGAGGCAGUGGUAUGAAGACGGAAAACUGUUGAAGAAGCAAAAUACUUUCACAGAUUUUAUUGCUUGUGCAGAAUAUCUCAUAGAGAAAAGGUACUGUGCAAAAGAAAACUUGUGUAUUGAAGGAAGAAGUGCAGGGGGAUUGCUUGUUGGUGCUGCUCUUAACAUGCGGCCUGAUUUAUUCAAGGUUGCUGUAGCUGGAGUACCCUUUGUGGAUGUUUUGACAACAAUGCUUGAUCCGACUAUUCCUCUUACGACGUCAGAGUGGGAGGAAUGGGGUGAUCCUCGCAAAGAAGAGUUUUAUUUCUACAUGAAGUCAUAUUCCCCUGUUGAUAAUAUUAAGGCACAAAAUUAUCCAGCCAUUCUCGUGACAGCUGGUUUUCAUGAUACACGUGUUAUGUAUUCAGAACCUGCCAAGUUUGUGGCAAAGUUGAGAGAUAUGAAGACUGAUGAUAACAUGCUAUUAUUCAAAUGCGAAUUCGGUGCUGGGCACUCUUCAAAGUCUGGAAGGUUUGAGAAGCUCCAAGAAGAUGCCUUCAUCUUUGCUUUUAUAAUGAAGGCUUUAAACAUGGUUCCUCCCAUCAGCUUAGGUGAGAACUGAGUCAAAUGGAGAAUGGUACCCACUUCUUAUUUGGAAGGUGUUGAUAGAAGCUUGUAUCAUAUUGAGAGAAAAAUGACAUUUAGAGGGGAAGGGAAGAGGAAGGGGAGCGGGAGGGGGUGAGAGCCUUUCUGUUGAGAAAAUUCCUUGCUGUCAUACUAGCUUUCUUAUUCUCUCUGUCAAGAGCUGUGUCCUUUUUUCCUGUUUGUUACUACUGGUAUCAAACAAGAUGAUAUUUUAAUAAAGCAUGUCACGCUGUACGUGUUGCUUGUUGAAGUUGGAAACUCCUUAAUAUGGCAGCAUACCUUUCAGACUUCAAAGUUGGAAAUGUCACAAAUAAAAUCAGUGGCUACUUUUUCUUUUUUU